AUGACCCUGGACGGCGCCCCCCUGCGCCGGGCGGCGGGCCUGCAGCCGCAGCAGCGCUGGAGCGUCCCCGCCGACGGGGCCCUGGAGGUGCAGCCGCUGGAGGCGCCGCCGGAGCCUCCGCCCCGCGCCCCGCGCCCCGCCGCCCCCGCCGCCGCCCCCGCCCCCGCCGCCGCCCCCGCCCCCGCCGCCCCCGCCGCCCCCGCCCCCGCCCCCGGGGCGCCCGGCCGCCGCAGCUGGUCCUCCGACUCCGCCGACUCGGCGCUGUCCUCCGAGCCGGAGGCCCCUGUCCUCCGCGUGGUGCUCCUGGGCGCGCCCGGCGCCGGCAAGUCCACGCUGGCCGGCAUCUUCGCGGGCGUGGACGGCGCCGACAGCGACUGCGAGGUGCUGGCAGAAGAUACAUACGAGCGAACACUGAUUGUCGAUGGGGAGAGCACGACCAUCAUACUCCUGGACAUGUGGGAAAGCAAGGGGGAGAAUGAGUGGCUCCAGGACCACUGCAUGCAGGUCGGGGACGCCUACCUGAUCGUCUACUCCAUCACGGACCGAGCCAGCUUUGAGAAGGCCUCCGAGCUGCGCAUCCAGCUCCGCCGGGCCCGGCAGACGGAGGACAUUCCUAUCAUCUUGGUUGGCAACAAAAGCGACCUGGUGCGGUGCCGGGAGGUGUCUGUUUCAGAAGGCAGGGCCUGCGCCGUGGUGUUCGACUGCAAGUUCAUCGAGACGUCGGCGGCCGUGCAGCACAACGUGCAGGAGCUGUUCGAGGGCAUCGUGCGGCAGGUCCGCCUCCGCAGGGACAGCAAGGAGAUGGGCGAGCGGCGGCUGGCCCUCCAGAAGCGGAGGGAGAGCAUCCCCAGGAAGGCCAGACGCUUCUGGGGCAAGAUCGUGGCCAAACACAAGAGCAUGGCCUUCAAGCUCAAGUCCAAGUCCUGCCACGACCUCUCUGUGCUCUAG